AUGCCUCGAAAAAGGAACAAAUAUUCCGCACCAACAGAUGAUUCGGACGAAUCUGACAAUGCAUCAGAACGAGUCUCGAAAAUCAGACUCAUAUCCCCACUUCAUGUUGAUCAGCUCCAAGCUGAUAACUAUACUCUCCGUACAAGCCUUGCGCAAGUCACCCACGAGAGAGACCUGGCAAUCGGACAAGCGUUGCAAGCGAAUAACGAUCUUGCCUCUAGACUCACUGUCGCAGAGGUUCAACUUCAAGCUAAAAGUGCUUUACUCAUUGACAUGGAGAGUCGGAUAGGCCUCAUGCCUGGACAUUACGCGUACGAGCAGCAGAACGAUUUCGUACAAACCAUUGAGGCAUUCAAGUUCCUCCAGCAGAAAAAUGCACGAGAUGACAAGCUAUUUGAACCAGCGAAAGAUAUACCAAGCAGUAGCCAUCUAGAUGAGGCCUCUGAGUGUCAUGAUGGGAAAGCAAACAAGUCAGAGAAAAUGCAGGCGCGUAGGACCACGGAUGCAGGCGAAAGCCUGAAUCCUGCUAGUUCUGGAAAAUCUUCGAAGCCAAAUCAAGUUCAGACCGAAACAAGCGACAUACUUCUUCAUCGUACAGAACUUGGUCACAUCGAAGCACGACAUUUCUUGUUGGAGGAUCAUAAACAAGACUAUAGACAGCAGAUAGACCAACUGAACACAGAAAAACAUUCGCUGCAGAACCAACUUGCUGAAAUCAAAUUGAUGCUCGAACAGUCAACCAGCGAAGUGGAUAUGCCUAAGAAACGUGCUCAAGGGCUCGAGUUAGUCAAAUCGGAGCUGAAAACCUCCUCUCACCAAAAGUAUGAGCAGAAGGAGCUUUUGAUCGAAGAGAGGUACCAAGAAAUGUAUAAACGGGAGGUUAACGAAAACAUGAGCAAGCUUGCAAAUGCUCUCCGAAAAGUGGAAGCGCUCGAAGGGGAAAAGAGAUCUAUGCAAUCGGACAUGUCGAUACUACAAGCUCAGCUUGAACAAUCUCUUCGAGACGCUCGCGAUUUACUGCAGACUUCGCGAAGCAAAAAUAAUGCACUUCAGAUCAACCUCGAUAACGCGCUGGUUCGACUUGAACUGUCGCUCAAGCAAACCUGCAGGUUUAAAACAAAGAUGGAGAUCUUCAAGACCCAGUUCAAGCGCGCCAUAAAUCGCGAAUCUCAGCUCAAAGAAUCACUUCAAGGCGCGCUUGAUUCUUCGGAGACUGUCGGAGCCCGAAACAAUGUUCUUCAGUCCGAACUCGACGACACCAAAAAUUGCAAAGCUCAGCUUGAGCAGUUGCUCGAGGGCACCUACAAACCCAGAAUAGAGAUGCUGGAGAAGUUCGCGCAAGAGCUCAGAGAAGAGUUGGAAAACUCACACCGGAAAUAUCAGGACGAGCUUUCAACUGGCAGAGAAAAGCAAAUUCAAUUAGUGCAUGACUUAGACGAACACAGAGGCAAGCUCGAAGCCAGUCACCGACACCUGGCAUCGCUACAAGCGGAGAAAGAGACCCUGGAAUUGGACAUGUCGACAGUGCAAACUCAAAUCGACCAAUCUCACAUUGUCGAAGCUCAAUUAAAGCAUCUUCCUCAAGCACCUACAGAACACCCUAAGUUGAUUGCGCAGAAUAAGGAGUUGUUAAGUUUACAACGACGCUGUCUCCAAUUAGAAAGAUCUGAACAGGAGACGACCUCGAAAUACGAGACGCAGAACAACCUCCUCCAGAUAGUUCAAACGGAACUGUCGAACUCUCGAGAGGAAAUCAAAUGUUUAGAGGACUUUCGUGAUUCCCUCGAAGGAGAGUUACAGUCUCGAGAGAAGGAAGUCCGAGCUUUGAAAAUGGCUUGGCUUACAGCACAAUCAAAUCCCCAACAAGCUGAAGUGCCAUCUGGGAGAGGAUACAUGGCGUCGGCAAGUGAACGGUUUGCCGCAUCCCGGUCUGAUCAUUAUUUACAAGAUCUCCAGGGAACUCUGAAUGCUAAUUCAACUGAUGGGGAGGGGCAUAUCCUUUCAGAGGGUGAGCCGGAGGUCGUCGGCCCUCGAGAGAUAAAAGUGGAAGUAAAAGAGGUAAACGUUCAUGCAUAUAACAGUGACAUGUGUUGCCGUACUAACUCUUGGAUCGAGCCCCCUACUACAAAAGCACCCAACAUUACCCAUCAGCUUUCACGAUUUAGUCGCAAUGUUGAUAUAGACUGUCGCUCUACUCAACGAAGUCCUUGCCCUUCGAGAGUCAUGCGAUCCUCGCUCAUCUCGUCGUCAUGUGGAACGACGAGCACAGGGUUGAAUCACCACAACGAAAGUCCAAGACAGACUAUAUUUCCAUCACCCAUCAAUAGCAAGGUCGCCUCAGUCGGUCUUGAUUCCUUGCAACGUCCUUUCGUUUCGCGCAAUAUCGAUUCCUCGCUGUCAAAUGAUAACACGGCGACUGCUUUCACAGUAUUGAAGGAAAGUCAUCAUGGCCCUGUCGCACAACGAUUAACUACCGCACGAAAAUAUGAAAUUUCGUUGCCGCCAUCGUCGAAGGUUAGGAAUAGAGGAAGACCCCACUGUCCUAUCAUCCAUUUUGAAGCUAUGCUCGACGAACGCAAAAUGUGA